AGUUAAUGUUAGUGUCGCGCAUGCAGCCCUGCGCAGAUAUGCAAGGUUUAUGUGUGAAAGAAAAAAAAUUAGACGAAAGCAGAUAGAGCACAUUAAUUAAGCAUAUUACUCCAUACAUAACAUACAUAACAAUGGCCGAAUUGGUGAAAGACUGGCUGGCGGAUUAUCAGCGCGCUCGCCGUCAGCCAGCCGAGUCCGAGGCAUUUGUUGUGGAGCAUGAAACGGAUCCCGAAAUUGCCGAGGCCAUUUUUACGAUAUUUAAUGAACGGCAACGCAACGAGGAUCUAAUCCACGAUAUAUGCCAGCAACUCUUGGCCUUCUAUCGCGCCCCCGAGGUAGCGCUACAUAAAUUCCCAUUGCAGUUCAUACCCGUCUUGAUAUACACGUACCUUCAUGCGGUGGCCGCUGGUGACAAGAAGGCGUCCCGUGGCGUUGAGACACUGCUAAUAUGCAUUUACAAUGGCGAGGUGUCCACCGAUGAUGGCGGCCAGAAGGUAGUUGCCUUUCGGAUGCCAAUACUGGCCCAAGCGUCCGUCUACCAUGAGGUAAAGAAUCUGCCAAUGACGGAUCUGAGGCGCUGGGAGGAGAAUUGCAAUCGGGAGGUCAAAUGGGGGCCACAUUUGCGCAUUGAAUCGAUCAAUGCCCAGAACCGGAUGCGUAUCCUGACGGCGCUCCUUUUCUGUUACAAUCAGCAGGUGAGCCUCACCCAAAAGUCGUCGUUGCUGCAUCUAUGCCGUGUAACAUCGCAGCUGGUGAAUCAGGGCUUCACCACCAAGUCGGGCCAUGGUCAUCGCAUGAGCUAUGGAUCGGAUCCAGCUACAGGUGCGACAUUUCCUAAGCCUUCCUCACCGCGCAUACCGCUCUCUGCAUCCUUUCUAAUCGAACUAGUGCACGCCAUCUACUAUGCGAUGUUCAAUGGCUAUGGCACGAUUGCCAUACAAACACUAGAGGACAUACACAAUCGUGCCAGCUACGAGAUGUAUACGGAAUUGAUACUGGUAACGAAUGCGGUGCGAAAUUCGCUGCACGCCAAUCCAUCUGGACAGCCCAAUGAUGGACCAAUGGGUCUGAGUGUAGCGCUGACGCCGGCCACCAACACGGUGACCACAUCCGUCUCGAAGUCAAUGAUCACAAACGCAUCAUUCCGUACGAAAAAACUGCCCGAUGACAUACCCAUCCAAGUACAGGACCUCACAAUGCCACAGGCCCCACAGCAGCUGGCUAGUGUAUCAGAGGAAACGGAGCCGGGUGCUAAGGAGUCGCCAUCGACCAAGGAAAGCAGCGGCACACGCACUUCGAUCAUUAGGCCAAGCAUGGAGGGUAUAAAAGCGCAGGCACACAAGGCACUUAUUGCUGGCUUCAAGAAGUCCAAGGAUAAGGAGAAGGAAAAGGAUAAGGAGCCGCCGAAACCACCACAACGUAAGUUUGACAAGCACACGCAGAGGAACUCACUGCUGCAGCUGCAGUCUCAGACAACGGAUGAUUACGAGAAGAGUCCGCUGACGGUGAGCAAGUCGAAGACAUACGAUGCCGUCGGGGAUCCGCAACCCACCGACAUGUUGCCAAUGCAAACGCUUUCGCUGAUCAAUGAGAAUGGCAGCAAUAGCUUCAGCAUCGAUAGCGACAUGAAUGAUGGCAUUGCUGCUGUCCUGGCUGGCCAGGGCAACAACGUUCCAGCCGGUACUAUGGCCUCGAUGAACAGCAACACAACGUCCAUCACGAGCAGUGAUUUGUUGACCAAAAGCUUUGAUUCCAGCGUCGAGAUGACACCAAUGGGUCACAGCAAUAGCAAUGGUGGCAAAUUGGCCGAACAUGGUCUGGAAUAGUGUGCGUGUGUGUGCAACCAUUCCGAGUUCAUUAACAAGCCAAGUGUAGCCAAAAUACAUGUAUAUUUAUUAUGUAUAUCAUUACUACAUAUGUAUGCUAUAUAUUACGAUAUUCGCACGUUACCUUUUGGGUAUUAACUGACGAACAAAACAGGGGCUAUGUUGGGGAGUUAUGAACUGUGUAAUUGUAAAUCGCUGUUUAUCGCAGAGUAAUACUUAAAAUGUUUGAAUUUGUUAAAGUUUAUUGUCACUCUUAGUUGUUCGUAUGUGGCGCAUGUACGCAUUGUAUUAUUGUAUUGUAUUCUAAUUGUUGGUAAAAUGUACAUUACUAAUUAUGUAAUUUUCGUUUAGGUUUAAGCGUUCAAAGUCUUACACACAUACACAAACAUACACCCCACACAUAAAUAAACAAUUAUACAUACAACUAA